AUGAGUACCUCUGCUUGUAAUCGGUGGACAUACGAUGUGUUCUUGAGCUUUAGAGGAGAAGAUACUCGCAGAAGAUUCACCGGCCACCUUUACUCUGCCUUGGAAGAUGCAGGAAUCAAAGCUUUCAGAGACGACAAGGCUCUUCCAAGAGGAGAGACGAUCUCAUCCAAACUUUUGCAAGCUAUAGAAGAGUGGAGGAUAUCCAUUAUUGUUUUCUCGACGAAUUAUGCUGAUUCGAGGUGGUGUCUGGAAGAGCUUGAGAAGAUAAUGGAGGUCAAGGAAAUGCAUGGACGGUUGGUCCUUCCUGUGUUCUUUGACGUUAAUCCUUUAGAAGUGCGGAAACACACUGGUAGUUUUGCCCGAGCACUUGCUGAACAUGAAGCCUAUUUCGAGGAAGAGAGGGACAGAGUCGACAGGUGGAGGACAGCUCUUACAAAAGCAGGAAAUUUAUCGGGCUGGGAUCUGAAGGAUUUUGCAAAUGGGCAUGAGGCUAUACUCAUCAAGGUCAUCGUAAACAAGGUAUUGCAAGAAUUGCCAUACGCAUACCUGGAUGUUCCACCAUUCAGGGUUGGACUUGAAACUCGAUUAGAGAAAAUAAAAUCAUUGCUAAACCUACGCUCGGAUGAGGUGCUCUUCAUGGGAAUCUGCGGAAGAGAAGGAAUUGGCAAGAUGACAAUAGCUGAAGCUGUUUAUGACUGUUUCUUUCACGCCUUUGAAGGGAGAAGUUAUCUUUCGAAUGUGAGGCAACCAAAUGAUCUGAUUAGCUUGCAAGAGCAAUUUCUUUCAGACAUUGUGAAGCAUAGAUGCAUAAAAAUACACAAUAUUCGUAUGAGAAUUAGUGUUGUUAAGAGAACUUUAUGCAAGAAAAGGGUUUUAUUUUGCUGGACGAUGUGA